GAAACCGGAAGCUGGUGUCCGGGUGUCGCGAGAACUGCGUUUGCGCGCGAACUCUGAGCUCGGGGGUCCCAAAUCCAGACUUCUGCCAUUCCCACCCAUGGAGACCCCAGCCCAGACGCACACGACCGGCAAGAUCAGGAACCUACCCUGGGUUGAAAAAUAUCGGCCACAGACGCUGAAUGAUCUCAUUUCUCAUCAGGACAUUUUGAGUACCAUUCAGAAAUUUAUCAGUGAAGAUCGACUGCCACACCUACUCCUCUAUGGUCCUCCAGGGACAGGCAAGACAUCCACCAUUCUUGCCUGUGCCAAACAACUCUAUAAAGAUAAGGAAUUUGGCUCCAUGGUCUUGGAGCUGAAUGCUUCAGAUGACCGUGGAAUAGAUAUUGUUCGGGGGCCAAUCCUGAGCUUUGCCAGCACAAGGACCAUAUUUAAGAAAGGUUUUAAACUAGUGAUCUUGGAUGAGGCUGAUGCUAUGACCCAAGAUGCCCAGAAUGCCUUGAGGAGAGUGAUUGAGAAAUUUACGGAGAAUACUAGAUUUUGCCUCAUCUGUAAUUAUCUGUCGAAGAUCAUCCCUGCCUUGCAGUCCCGGUGCACGCGGUUCCGAUUCGCUCCCCUGACUCCUGAGCUCAUGGUUCCUCGCCUGGAACAUGUCAUAGAAGCAGAGAAAGUUGACGUAAGUGAAGAUGGGAUGAAAGCACUGGUGACUCUUUCCAGUGGAGACAUGCGAAGGGCUCUGAACAUCCUGCAGAGCACCAACAUGGCCUUUGGGAAGGUGACGGAGGACACGGUCUACACCUGCACGGGGCACCCACUCAAGUCUGACAUCGCCAACAUUCUGGACUGGAUGCUGAACCAAGACUUCACCACAGCCUACAGAAAUAUCAUGGAACUGAAAACGCUGAAGGGGCUGGCACUACACGAUAUCCUCACAGAGAUUCACUUGUUUGUACACAGAGUUGAUUUUCCUUCUUCCAUACGAGUACAUCUGCUGACCAAAAUGGCAGACAUUGAGUACAGGCUUUCUGUUGGGACCAACGAGAAGAUCCAGCUGAGCUCUCUCAUUGCAGCUUUUCAAGUCACCAGAGACCUGAUUGUUUCACAAGCCUAGGAGCUGAUGACUGUUCACUUGGACUUUCACUGGCCUUGCAGUGCCAGAAAACUAGGGAGAGACAAGCUGUUGCCUAUAUAGGGAUGAGGGCAUUAUCACCCCACGCAGGAAAAGUCUGUUCCAGGCAUGAGUGGCCAUGGCAAAAGUCACGUUUUUAUUUGUUUGGAGUAGGGUGUGUCCAAGAUUAUUUAUAUGUACAACUUUCUUAUUGUACCACCCAUUCUCUUUUACAGGGGAAUAAAGGGUAGAGGCCCCUUAUUAUUAUUAUUAUUAUUACUUUCUGUCUUAAGAUUUUUGCCUUUCAUUUGCUUGGAUGACAGGAAGUUGACUUACCUUGUUUUGGUCUAAAACAAAGCUUUCAAACUCAGUAGGUCCAGGUCUCUUGUCUUCCAACUCAAAAGAAAUAAAUCAUCUCCUAAGUUUUUUUUAAUCCUGAUCUAUGGCUUUGUUGAUAGAUUUCAGCCCCAAAUUAUGAUACCUUCAUAAAGCAAACAGCUCUCUUGUCCUAAAAGCUGGCCUCUUUAUUCCCCCUCUCAAAGUACUAUGUGGACAAGGGGGGGGGGGGGGAAACUUCCAUUGUAAUCAAAUACCACUGGGGCCAGAAUGAAUACAACUCCCUCAUUUAGUCCUGGGAGUCCAUGUGUGGUCAAACCCAGCCCCAAACCUCCCAACUGCCGAAAGGAUCAGGACUGGUGUAAAAUGGAGUUUAUUUCACAGCAAUUAUACUGCCUGUAUGAUAGUGUUCACAAUAAAAAAUAAAAGCAGCUUGUUUGA